UGAGCAGCGCGUCCGGAGGUCCCGCGGAUCUGUCUCUUGCUUCAACAGUGUUUGGACGGAACAGACCCGGGGACUCCUUUUUUUUUUUUUUUUUUUUUUUAAAUCUCCCAUCCACUCUCCAGGUACAAAUUUUGGGACCAUCUUCUCGACCAUCUGCUCCUUCCAGGGCCAGCCUACACCGUUCUUUUGUGGGUAGCUCCUUCCCGCUGAUCAGCAAUGACCUCUCAGAUUCGUCAGAAUUAUUCCACCGAGGUGGAGGCUGCCGUCAACCGCUUGGUGAACCUGCACUUGCAGGCCUCCUACACCUACCUCUCUCUGGGCUACUAUUUCGACCGCGACGAUGUGGCUUUGGCGGGCGUGGGCCAUUUCUUCCGUGAGCUGGCCAAGGAGAAACGUGAGGGUGCCGAGCGCCUCCUGAAAAUGCAAAACCAGCGCGGCGGCCGCGCGCUCUUCCAGGACGUGCAGAAGCCUUCUGAGGAUGAGUGGGGUAAGACCCUUGAUGCUAUGGAAGCGGCUCUGACCCUGGAGAAGAGCCUGAACCAAGCUCUUCUGGAUCUCCAUGCCUUGGGCUCUGCCAAGACAGACCCUCAUGUCUGUGAUUUUCUGGAGAACCACUUCCUAGAUGAGGAAGUGAAGCUCAUCAAGAAGAUAGGUGACCACCUCACUAACCUCCGCAGGUUAGACGGUCCCCAGGCUGGGCUGGGCGAGUACCUCUUUGAAAGGCUCACACUUAAGCACGACUAGGAGGCCCCAGAGCCUGGCAGUAUCUGAGGGGCUCCAGCAUCACUGGCAUCAGGGCUUUGGCUGGACCCUCUCCCUCCAGCCACUAGGCAGUUUUUUCACCUCUUUGGAGUCCCCUCCCAAAUCUUGGACCAAAAGAAAAAUAAAGCCUUUCACAGCAAAAAAAAAAAAAAAAAAAAGAAAAAAGAAAAAGAAAA